CUAGAAAUAUCUAUGGCAACUUUGACUGGCUGACUGCCGUCGAUAAUUUUGACAGUUUGACAUUUUUCUGUUUUGUUUACAGUCUUCGAAAUAUUUAAUGGAACAUAAGAGAAAAAAUUAUCAAAGAUGAGCGAGAGUGAUAUUGAAGUUUUGAAAAAUCAGCUUUCUAUUGCAAGAAAUGAAAUUAAAAACUUAAGACAACAAAUAAGCAAUCUACAGCACGUUCACCAUAAAGAUGUUCAAAGAAUUAAGGACACACUGGAAAAUUUCAAGUGCCGUUCCUGUCAAUUGAACACCGGCUUACACACCAAGGAAAGUUCUGUUGAAAACGGACAUGACAACACCGAUUCUGGAGGCAUACCGUUCAAUCCGAUUGGCGUCAUCCGCACUGCAUUUUCCGAAAAACGGGCCGUUCCUCGCCAGGCUAACGUUGCUUCAAAGCUUUUAAGCCGUAUUGAUCUAUGUCCAACGGUUUUCAACAACCCCGAGCAUUCAAUUGAAGGAUUGGAAAGUUUCUCCCACAUAUGGAUAAUCUAUCACUUCCACCGCAACCAGGCCCAUCUGAAAGCAAAAGUAGCACCACCUCGUCUUGGUGGCGAGCGAGUUGGAGUCUUCAGUACACGAUCACCUCACCGACCUUGUCCGAUUGGUUUAUCAUUGGUGCAACUUGACCGAAUUGAAAACUCUUCCAUUUAUUUCUAUGGCACUGAUAUGGUUGAUGAGACACCCGUGUUGGAUAUUAAACCCUACAUACCUCAGUACGACGUUCCAGGAAAAAUCGAUGAGCAGCAGUUCUACAGUUCCAGAGAGGCACCAGAUGGAGAAGAAAACAUAGAUCAAGCCGUGGCAUCUUCAUCUAAAGGUCCAAGUCAAAAUGUAGUCAUUCCCAAUUGGAUCUCGAACGGAUCGACGUUGAAUGUUGUGUUCAAUGAAAAUGCCGAACAGCAAAUCGCAGAAUUGGGCGAAGACAAGAAAUCAAUAACUGACAUACUACAAGCCGAUCCUCGAUCGGUGUACUUGAGGACAAAAUAUGGAUCUCAAAUAUACACGUUUCAACUUGGUGAGAGCACUGUUACGUGCAAGUUUGACGACCAAAAUUCCACGGUUCAUGUUUUGCACGUAAGAAAAGUAGUUAAUCUCAGCGACAUCGGUGAUACAACAGAGGAUCAUGUUGCAGAAUAAAUAUGACGAAAG